UUGGAUGACUGGGUCUUGUGCAGAAUCUAUAAGAAGAGGUAUUUGAGCAGAUCAACAGUUGAGGAGCAGAAAGAAGAAGAAGAAGAAGAUGAUGAGGAGGAAACCCGGAUGAUUACCAAAUCUUUAGGUGGGAAUGGAGAAGAAAGAUCAUCAGUAGUACUACCAAGGACCUUUUCGAUUGGUCAUUUAAUGGAUGUGGACUAUCUCUCUCUCUACUCUCAGCUGUUAAGUGAGAAUCCAGUAGUAAUUGGUUCAAUCGGCGGCGCCGAUCAUGAUCAGUUCCAAACCACCGGAAACAAUGGCGGCGGCGGCGGCGGCGGCAAUAACAUUUCCGACAAUAAACUUCAAUCCUCCUAUGAGCUGAUGACAUACCAAAACGGAAAUACGUCAACAAAGUUGUUCCAAGGCCCAUACAAGUGA